AUGGCGAGGAGGGCGCGGAUCGCCAAUUAUCAACCUCAUCAGUCUUCAGCACCACCACCAUCUCAGCAGCUUAACCAUGGCUUGAUGGUGCCUCUCCCUAUCGGUUCUAAACAGAUCGGUACAACAGGCUUCACUGUUCUCUUCACCCUAUCUGGUCCCGAGAGCAGAGAAUUACCUCCGUUCGCAGUAUUUAUUUAUGAUGACGACUCCAAUGGGCUAAAUGGGAUAGCAGCAACUAUAAACUUGUGGAGUCCGUCGAAUGAUUCGUAUCAAAGAGCAUGCUACAAUAUGGAUUGUGGUGGAUUUGUGAUGGAAAGUAAUGAUAUACUAGGAAGUGCACUUGAGCCAACAUCAUCAUAUGACGGUGAACAAAAAGAUAUCAUUGUUGAAAUAUGGAAGGAUAUCGAGUUAAGACGAUGGCGGUUGAAGUAUAAAGAUAUAAUGGUGGGUUAUUGGCCAGAAGAUUUGUUUACUCACUUGAGAACAGGAGGCACCGAGGCGGAGUGGGGUGGUAAGGUGCUCAACACCAACCACAACAACAUAUUCACAUCAACAAAAAUGGGUUCUGGGCGCUUUGCAGAUGAGGGAUAUGGAAAAGCAAGUUAUUUCAAAAACCAAAAAGUUAAAACUUCAAGUAGUGGACAUAAUUGGAUUCCACCCCCAACACUCAGACGAGAAGUGAGUGACUCCCGGUACUACACCAUCCUUGCUGAAGCUGACAUUGAUGAGUUUGGCAAUAGCGGCUUCUUCUAUGGAGGUCCAGGCAACAACAAUACUUCGUGA